CUAGAAGGAAUAUCAGGGCAUGGCCGGCAUGCCACAAAGUGAAUUGACAGAUGAGUUUUUGAGUGAAUUUAUGCUAGAAGCAUGCGUUUAUUGCUGCUUCUGGAUAUGUAUGAUAAAUUGUCUGACAAGAAUUUUGUUUGGCACUUUGGCUACAAUCAGGAGGUAAUUUCAAAUUUGCAAAUAAAGAUUGUACCAGCAAUUUGAGUAGACUGGACUCUUCGAAGUAGUGCUUCUUAGUCACCUAAUGCUUCUUAGUCCAUUAGUUGAAACUCAGUUGGAAACCUUCAACGUGAUUCUGACUUCAUUGAAUGUUCAAACCCUGAAGAAAACAUGACCACUGGUCCAAUGAGUGCAUUUGAACAAGUAGUGCUUGACAGUGAGGAUGAAGAAAUGCACAGCAGUGAAGUUGUGACUGUUUCCAAAGGGUUGCGGAACAAGAAAGCUUAUCGAACAGUUAAAAAUCCAAGAAUAAAGUUCCAGAGGAGGCAACUUGGGCCACCUUCACCUAGUAAGCAAGCGGAGAAGGAAGCAGCAAACACAGAUAUCCUUUCUUCUGGGAAAUCUGUUACUGGGGACAAAGAAACAUCAACUGACGCUGAGAGCUCUGAUCACAAAAAUCAUCAACAUCUAUCUACAAAGUUGAGUCAAAUACCGUCUCCAGACAUGGAGAUUUAACCCAAGCCGAUGCACUGGGAUAUGUGGAUCACUACUUGUCAGUCAACAAAGUAGAAUUAUUUCCAGGAAUUUGCCAUGGAAAGGCCAGUAGAGAUAAAUCACCACCUCUGAUAAGUGCGAGAGGGGUACGAAAUUUGGCGGAGAAAAUUCAAGUUCAGAUCCAUCAUGAAGAAAAAAGACCCUUCGAAUGGGUUGACGCCGGUCGAAAGGACAGAGGAGCUGGUACUUCCAAUAGGAUUGCAACAUCUUCUAAUUUUGGGGUCUGUGUACAGACAUACACAAGAAGAAAACAGAAAAGUGGUCAUCCUGAGAAUCGAGAAAUCUGUAUCACAAGUAAUGGAUGCGAAGAGAAGUUAGCUCAAGGACUAGGAACAGUUGAGAAUAAUAACUCUAUCAAGGAGCUGGAUGUUCAGUCAGAUGCUGCAGGAAAGAACAUUGACGCGUAUCCUGGUGUGGAACAUACGGAGGACGCCUCUGAUAUUGGUUUAGACACCCAGGUAGCUGCUGAAGCUAUGGAGGCCUUAGCUUAUUUGCCCCCUCCUGAUAGUCGAUGCACAAGUAUCAAAGAUCAAUCAAAUAAACAAAGAAAGAGGAACAAUAAUUUUGUAGAUGGAGGUAUUGUGAGAUCCAAAAGGACAAGGACUGGUUUAACAGCCGAUCCAUUCAAGCUGGUUCGUAAGGCUGAAUAUCUUAUGAAGCCUUCGAGUUUAAUUGAGAUAGCUACGAAGAAAAGUUUGAAUUGUCAGGUUCAACUUUGUCCCCGGCUGUCCACUAGCAGCAGUUUUUCAAGUCUUAACUUGUGGCAUUAUCCGAAAGGACCAAGAGGGAAAAGAAAAUGUCCUGACGUAAAAAGCUAUCCAGAUGCAGCUAGAAGUUGGGGUACUCAGUCUAUCAUUGUCAAUGGAAAUGAAAGUAGUAUCUUCUCUAUCGCAAAUCACAGAAUUCGGGGAGAUAUAGAAGGCCAAGAUAUUGAGAACAAAGCAUGUUUUCCUAACAUCCAUCCUCUUUAUAAUGCUAAAUGUAUCGGCAGUGGCACCAUCAAUGUAGGCAGAGAGGUUUCGAAUGCCAAUGCUACUUGCUAUAAGCAUCACAAAAAGCCAAGCAACAAAAACCUGCCAAAAUCCUACCUUUUAAAGGAGCUUAUUAGAUUAGGCGUUUCUGAGUACGCACCAGAUCUGAUAGGGAAAAAUCUGAGACAACGAAAAGAUAUGUCACAUGUUCGAGUUCUUUUAAGCCAACAUUUGGAUGACAGUAUCAUUAAGCAGCAAAAGAAGAUCUUGGCACGGAUGAAUGUAUCUAUUGCAUCAAGCCCUAUGGAGGCUACACAUUUUGUAGCAGACAAAUUCACACGUACAAAGAAUAUGUUGGAAACCAUGGCUCUUGGGAAUUUGGUGGUGACGCAUUUAUGGCUUGAGAGUUGUGGACAAGCCAACUGUUUAGUUGAUGAGAAAAAAUAUAUUCUGAGAGAUGUGAAAAAGGAAAAGGAGAUGGGCUUUACCAUGCCUAUUUCUCUUGCUCGAGCAAAACAGAAACCACUUCUAAAGGGUAAAAGUGUCUUCAUUACCCCUCACAUUAAACCCGAUAACACAGUGAUCACAAGCUUAGUCACGGCUGCUCGCGGUCAGUUGGUGGAUGAAAGCCAGAUUCAUGCAGACAACAAUGAUGAGAUGUUAGAUAAUCUGUUGAUUAUUUCUUGUGAAGAAGACCGUGAAGUAUGCCGCCCGUUCUUUCAGAGAGGAAUUGCAGUUUACGGUUCAGAGCUUCUUCUGAGUGGAAUAGUGACCCAGAAACUGGAACUUGAGAGGUAUGAUAGAAUCUUUUGGCCAAAAAAACAGAAGAGGCAUACACUCUUCGCAAAUCAGGUUGCUAGGAAAUGCCACAACACAUCAAGCCGCCGUUUUGGCAAGGCCUACCAAAGGCGUCGCAACUUGUACGUGCAUCAAAUUCACAGCUGAUAUAAAAGAUAACGGCUUUCUUGUCCAUGUGGAGCCCAUUUAAACUGAUCGAAUUGAUCCAUACCUUGACGUUCUGUAGUGGUACUAUUUUCUCAUUUGCUUGACUUUCGGUGUGCGUCCCUAUGCAGUUUUUUGUACCUCGGAAUAUAACGGUCCUCGGCCAGAAUUGGACUGGCCUUUUUGUACAUCCUACUUGUAGCAGAUUACAAUUAUAGCAGAGGAUGGGGGUAAAGACAAGGGGCAUAAAUUAUAUAGACACUGACCACAGCCCAUAAAUUGCUUUGUAUGUAUCAUCUCAGUCUGAAUACGUCGGAUUCGCCUAGCAUGAAAUUAUAGUCUGCAAGUGAAAUCA